CUUUGUCCCUUCCAGUUUGGUUUGGAGUGUGGAGGAAAUGGCAGCAACAACUAUUUCUAUUGAACAAGACCAGUUCUGUUGUUCGGUGUGCCUGGAGGUUUUGAGAGACCCGGUGACAAUCCCCUGUGGACACAGUUACUGUUUGGACUGUAUUGAAGACUACUGGAACAGGGCCAAGAAGAAAGGCCAGUACAGCUGCCCUCAGUGCAGGCAGGUGUUUAAUCCGAGACCUCUGCUGAGUAGGAACACGGUUCUGGGUGAAGUGGUGGAAAAGUUUCAGCAGACCGGAUUUCAAGCUGCAGCUCAGCACUUGGCCAAACCUGAGGAAGUGAAAUGCAGUGUUUGCAUGGGGAGUAAGAACAAAGCUGUUAAAUCCUGCCUUGUGUGCUCGGAGUCUUACUGCGUGGCUCACUCGAGAGCACACGAAGAGCGCUUCCGUGGAAAGGGCCAUAAACUGAUCCCAGCUGUGGAGCAGCAGAGAGAGAAGCUGUGCUCACAGCAUGACAAAGUAAUAAGGCUGUACUGUCGCACUGACCAGCAGUGUCUGUGCUCUCAGUGUGUUAAAGAGAGACACAAGGGCCACAACGCAGUCUCAGUGGCGGAUGAGAGAACAACACAACAGAAAAAACUGCAAGAAACCUCUUUGAAGUCUGUGCAGAAAUUGAAGGACACAGAGAAGGAACUCAGAUACAUCAUCCGAUACAUCAAGCACUCCACAGACGCAGCAGUGGAGGAGAGUGAGAGGAUUUUCUCCAAGCUGAUCCGCUCCAUAGAGAAACAAAGCUGCGAGGUGAAGGAGCUGAUCCUAGUCCAGGGGAGAGCAGCUGUCAGUCAGGCUGAGGAGCUGCUGGAGAAGAUGCAGAGAGAGAUAGCAGAGCUGAGGAGGACUGACGCUGAGCUGGAGAAGCUCUGUCGCACUGAGGAUCACGUCCACUUCCUUCAGAAGUGCAAGUCUCUUCAUUUCCCUACAAAGGCUGUGGAGAUGCCCAGCACUGAUGCAGUCCCAUAUUUAAUGUACAAAAGCAUGAGAGGAGCCCUGGCUGAUCUGAGGGACACUCUGGAUCAAACACUUGAAAGAGAGUUCAGCAGAAUCUCAGAAAAGGUGACUUCACUGAAGGAAACCAGUAAUCAAAGUACCUCUGAGAAGACUAAGGCAAAAGAUGCCGACAUACCAUAUGACUCAGAACCAAAGACGAGGGCUGAUUUUCUACAAUAUUACCAUGAUAUAACCCUGGAUCCAAACACAGCCAAUCCUUAUUUGUGCUUCUCUGAUGGUCGGAGAGGGGUGACCACACGUUCGGACCCCCAGCCCUACCCAGACAACCCGGAUCGCUUCACCAGCUGGGCACAGGUGCUGUGCAGAGCUGGGAUGGCCGGGCGCUGCUACUGGGAGGUGGAGUGGUCUGGAAACGGAGGGGUUUCCAUUGGUGUGUGCUACAAAAACAUGAGCAGAAGUGGAGGAGGGAGUGACAGCAAACUGGGACACAACUCCAAAUCCUGGAGCUUGGACUGCUCUCACUCAGUGUGUUCUUUUCAGCACAAUAAGGAGAGUAUGACCCUCCCGGCUCUUUGCUGCAGCCGGAUAGGAGUCUAUCUGGACCUCAGAGGUGGGACUUUGUCUUUUUACAAUAUUUCUGAUAAAAUGGUUUUACUUCAUAAAGUUAAGACUACAUUCACCCAGCCUGUGUACCCAGGAUUUUGGGUGGGAUUAGGUUCUACUUUGAAGCUGUGUUCUCUUUGA